AUGACAACUGUUAACGACAGUGGUGAUGUACAGGUGAAAGACAAAAAUACAGCACCAUUAGAAGCAAAUAGUAAUAGUAGAGGUGAUAAUAUGAGCCAAUUACCGACCACCUCUACCAAUGAUGAAACAGCAACAACAAAAUCACAAGAACCUACAUUAGAACAAGCUUUCUUCUUUGGUUUAUCUAUCGAUGACGCAGUUAAUUCAGCUGACAAUCUUAUGGAAUUAUUUUAUAAUGCAUGCAAAUUUAAUCAUUUAGAAAUUGUAAGAAGAUGUGUUGAAGAAAAAAAUAUCAAUGUUAACGAACUAUUCAAUAAUGAUUAUCCAUUAUGUAUUGCUAGUCAUAAAGGUCACAUUGAAAUAGUUCGUUAUUUAUUGGCUCAUGGUGCUGAUGUUCAUCUCAAACGAGAAUUGAAUCUAUCAAAUACGCGUGGUACUAAUCGUUUGACGCGUGGCACUGUUACUUAUGGUGACAGUACACUUUCGCUUGCUGUCAAAUAUGGGUUCGAAGAUCUUGCUAUGGUGCUUGUUGAGCAUGGUGCCGAUAUAUUGAAUUCGAAUGGAGAUUUUGAAAAAUCUGCAUUACAAGAUGCUAUUCGGCUUAAUCGUUCGCGUAUAUUAAACGUUUUUAUGGAUAAGCUUAAAAAUACAAAAGCAACAUCAGAUUACGAUGAAACAUUAUUACUACAGAAGAAAGGUGAUAUACUUCGUCAAUGUCUUAUUAAUGAUCAAAUUGAAGCAUUACGCAUUUUUGUACCCAAUGUAUGGGAAGAGCUUAACAGUGAUUUUAUGUUCACUGUCCUAAGUAAUCUUAUGUUAAAGAAUAAAAUUCAAUCAGAUAAAGCGUUCGAUGUAUUAGAAGCCAUACUUGAUGCUAUUCCGACGCCAAAAUUAAAAAUGUAUGAUAUUGGAGAUUUACUGAGACGAUUUUUACAUAUUUUACAGGCACAAUUUGUAACAAUCAAUGAUGAUCGAAUUCAAAUGCUUUAUUUACGUACAUCACUUCUUUUCACAAUACUUAAAUACCAUGAAACAGUUGAUUUUACUAAUUAUCUAGAUCUAUUAGAUGCAUAUUUUCGUGGUAUUUAUCACAGCGUUGAAAGUACAGGCGAAGGAAUAAAUCAAAUCUAUGAAUAUAUCGUUCGCUUUUAUGAAAAUCUUAUUUUAAUGGGUCAUCUUAUUUUGACGAAUAACACUGUUAUAUUGAAAUUACUCGAAUGUGAACAUGUUCAACAAAUGCAGCCGAUCGACAUGUAUCUCUCAUGGCGUGCACGCAAUCCAUUUCAACUCAAAGAGACUUGUCGUCUUAUGAUUAAAAUGGCAACAGGAAAUAUUCGUGAAGCAUUUCGAUCAUUCUUAUCUUGGGCGUCUCAAUCAGCCGAUAAGAAUUCAACUGAUGAUUCAUCAAAAAUAUGUUGGAUUUUCAAUCUUCCACCGGAAAUUCUUCAAACUAUCACUGAUCAUUUAACAGUGCAUGAUAUUAUAUCGUUGAGUCAAACAUGUCAAACAUUCUAUACAUUGAUUAAGGAUGACAACUUUUGGGUUCAUCGUAUACGUUCUCAAUUUUCUCCGUCUACUGCGAAUCUUUAUAUACUUGAUUUAUUUGAAAAACCUGAAACUAUCCUAACGAACGAUGAAACUCGUCCAUCUGGCUUCGAGAAUAUUAGAGUAGAUGGCGAACUUGAUCUUGCUGCAAUAAACUCUGUUACGCAUUAUAAUGACGAAGCAAUCGAAAAGCGUCAUGCUAAAAUGUAUAUAUCAACAGAAGACUUUUUAACUCACGUGGAAUAUCUUAACUAUAGAAAACCUAAAAAUACUCUGAAGAUUCCUUUAAUGAAAUUAGUGUAUUUCUAUUUGAUUGAUCGAAAACGAACUGCAGCCGUUAAUAUGAGUGUUAUUCAUCGAAAUGAUGUUUAUCUUAUUGAAGACCGUGACAAAGAUAGUCUAACAGGUCGUAUUAUUCAGCUGCAAUCUGUUUGUUGGCUUGAAAUAACUGGUCGUUUUGAUCAUGAUAUUAUGCCGGGAAAGUAUGAAGCUAUAUGGCGAAUGAAAUGUCAUGCAGUUCAAGUUCAUAUGUGGGGAGAAACAGAAUUUAGCAUUGUACCAUCUCAUGGGAAAAUGCUAAUUCGUAAAAUAUCUGAGAAUGAUUUUCAUCAUUAUGCAGUUGAACACGGCAAAAAUUGGUUUACUGUAAAUAUGGGUGAAAUUAUAGUUUAUGAACGCUCGACAGUUUUAGUUGGUAUACGCAAUUGGAGUAAUGGCAAUUGGAAAUCAGGCAUAUCAUGGGAUUGUAUUGAAUUGAAAGUCACACCAUAA